AUGCAGUGUCUGGUCCAUCUACUCACCAUCUUCCCUGCUAUCAUCCUCGCUCACCUGCUGCCCAUCACCUGCUCCACCAUGGCUCUCCGCUACUCCUCCUUCCAGCUCCACCGGCUAACCCACUGCUUGCCGCCUCCCUCUGACAUCGCUGCGAGCAUCAAACAUGCCGGUCUUCUACGCCGACCCCGCUACAUACAUCGGGGCUCACGACGAAAGUUCAUCUACAACUCCACAUGGAUGUUGAAGAAGCUGACCACGCUGAAGGUGGACGAUAACCAGCUCACGUCACUGCCAAACUCCAUCGGGAGAUCCCGCCCUCUCCCCCUCUCCCCAUCUCCACUCUCCUCCUCUCCCCCUCUCCUCCUCUCCCCCUCUCCACUCUCCUCCUCUCCUCCUCUCCCCCUCUCCCCCUCUCUCCCCUCUCCUCCUCUCCUCCUCCUCCUCUCCUCCUCCUCCUCUCCCCCUCUCCCCCUCUCCAUUCUCCUCCUCUCCUCCUCUCCCCCUCUCCCCCUCUCUCCCCCUCCUCCUCUCUCCUCCUCCUCCUCUCCACUCUCCUCCUCUCCCCCUCUCCCCCUCUCUCCCCUCUCCUCCUCUCCUCCUCCUCCUCUCCUCCUCUCCUCCUCUCCCCCCUCUCCCCCUCUCUCCCCUCUCCUCCUCUCCUCCUCCUCCUCUCCUCCUCCUCCUCUCCCCCCUCUCCCCCUCUCCAUUCUCCUCCUCUCCUCCUCUCCCCCUCUCCCCCUCUCUCCCCUCUCCUCCCUCUCCUCCUCCUCCUCUCCACUCUCCUCCUCUCCCCCUCUCCCCCUCUCUCCCCUCUCCUCCUCUCCUCCUCCUCCUCUCCACUCUCCUCCUCUCCCCCUCUCCCCCUCUCCCCCUCUCCAUUCUCCUCCUCUCCUCCUCUCCCCAUCUCCACUCUCCUCCUCUCCCCCUCUCCUCCUCUCCCCCUCUCCAUUCUCCUCCUCUCCUCCUCUCCCCAUCUCCACUCUCCUCCUCUCCCCCUCUCCUCCUCUCCCCUCUCCACCUCUCCCCCUCUCCACUCUCCUCCUCUCCUCCUCUCCCCCUCUCCCCCUCUCUCCACUCUCCCCUCUCCCCCUCUCCCCCUCUCCAUUCUCCUCCUCUCCUCCUCUCCCCAUCUCCACUCUCCUCCUCUCCCCCUCUCCUCCUCUCCCCCUCUCCACUCUCCCCCUCUCCACUCUCCUCCUCUCCCCCUCUCCCCCUCUCCACCUCUCCAUUCUCCUCCUCUCCUCCUCUCCCCAUCUCCACUCUCCUCCUCUCCCCCUCUCCUCCUCUCCCCCUCUCCACUCUCCCCCUCUCCACUCUCCCCCUCUCCACUCUCCUCCUCUCCACUCUCCUCCUCUCCCCCUCUCCCCCUCUCUCCCCUCUCCUCCUCUCCUCCUCCUCCUCUCCUCCUCCUCCUCUCCUCCUCCUCCUCUCUCCCUCUCCCUUCCCUCUCCCUCCCCUCUCCCCCUCUCUCCGCCUCUCCUUCUCCCCCUCUCCCCUCUCCUCCUCUUCCUCUCCUCCUCUCCCCCCUCCUCCUCUCCCUCCCCUCUCCCCCUCUCCGCCUCUCCUUCUCCCCCUCUCCCCUCUCCUCCUCUUCCUCUCCUCCUCUCCCCCCUCCUCCUCUCCCUCCCCUCUCCCCCUCUCCCCUCCCCUCUCCCCCUCUCCCCCACAUGUCUCUCUCUCUUGGAGGAGCUGGACUGUAGUUGUAAUGAACUGGAGUCUCUCCCGCCCACGGUCGGAUACCUGCACAGUCUGCGCACCUUCGCUGCCGACGAGAACUUCCUCUCGGAGCUUCCGCGAGAGAUCGGAAACUGUCGGAACGUGACGGUGAUGUCUUUGAGAUCCAACAAACUGGAGUUUCUCCCGGACGAGAUCGGACAGAUGACCAAACUCAGAGUGCUCAACCUCAGCGACAACAGGUUGAAGAAUCUGCCGUUCACGUUCACGAAGCUCAAAGACCUCGCUGCUCUGUGGCUCUCUGACAAUCAGUCCAAGGCCCUGAUCCCGCUGCAGACUGAGGCGCAUCCAGAGACCAAACAGAAAGUCCUCACCAACUACAUGUUCCCUCAGCAGCCGCGGCACGACGAAGAUUACCAGUCGGACAGUGACAGCUUUAACCCCACGCUCUGGGAGGAGCAGCGGCAGCAGAGGAUGACUGUGGCCUUCGACUUUGAGGACAAGAAAGACGACGAGGACAACACUGGGAAGGUCAAGGUGGAGAUCAACCUAAAGCGGUACCCCACGCCAUACCCCGAGGACCUGAAGAACAUGGUGAAGUCGGUGCAAAGCCUUGUGGGUAAGAGCGUGCACGCAGGCCACGUGCACCAGCUGCAGCACCAUCACCACGGACAGCAGGGGGCGCUACACUCGCACCAGAUGGGCUCCUCCGGUCCCAUGGAGCUCACGCACUCAAGCCAGGAGUAUGAGCCGCCCUGGCCCCUGCCUCCCAAAGAGGUCACCGAUCGAGAGAUGCAGGAUUUCUCUCAGAGCCAACUCAUGGAGCAGAGCCAAAUGCACAACUCUGGCAUCGACAUCCCCAAGAGGAAGGACAAGGAGGAGCACGAGAGCUCCGAGGUGUAUUACUCGCCUCAGGACUCGAUGGGUGGAUCUCCGAACGACAUCCGCAUCUCAGACAUGAGACCCACUCUGGUGGACGCCAACAUGUACAAACCUAAAGUGGUCCUGCUCGGGAAAGACAAGAAAGAGUCCACAGACGAGGAAGUGGACAAGAUGCACUGUCUGAACCACAGCGGCUCCUCGGCCACCUACUCCGACUACUCUCCGUCUCAGGGUUCCUCCGGUUCGUCCAACCCCUCCAACCAGCACCCGCACCCGCACCCGCCCACCAUGGUGCCCCCCACCAAAGAGCAGCCACCGCCAACGCACUGGGGCAACAAGGAACAACCACAGCAGACACAUUGGACCAAUAAGGAGCAGCCGCAGCAGCAGCAUUGGACCAAUAAAGAGCAGCCGCAGCAGCCGCAUUGGACCAAUAAGGAGCAGCCGCAGCAGCAGCAUUGGACCAAUAAGGAGCAGCCGCAGCAGCCGCAUUGGACCAAUAAGGAGCAGCCGCAGCAGCCGCAUUGGACCAAUAAGGAGCAGCCGCAGCAGCCGCAUUGGACCAAUAAGGAGCAGCCGCAGCAGCCGCAUUGGACCAAUAAGGAGCAGCCGCAGCAGCAGCAUUGGACCAAUAAGGAGCAGCCGCAGCAGCCGCAUUGGACAAACAGAAUCACGCAGUCCUUCCCCAAACCCAUGGACUCCAAGCCCCUGCUGUCGCAGAGAGAGACGCCCCCCUCUGGGACCCUCCAGCAGCGCGGGGACCGCAGGCCCCUGAGCGAGCCCUUUGACUGGGCUGAGGCCCCUCACUACGACAACACGGGCUUCGACGCUGAAGAGUCGGCUCUGGAGACCUCCAGUCAGGGCAACCCCCCUCUGGGGUCCAAACCCCGGAGCCAGUCUGCCCACGGACGCAGACCUCUGCUGAGGCAGGAGCGCAUCGUGGGGGUCCCCCUGGAGCUGGACGCCCAGACCCUGCCCUACCACAGCAACCAGAGGCCCCCAGACCAGGACCCAAACCAGGGAGGACCGAACCCCUGGCAGAACUGGACCAGGACCCCCAGCCCUUUAGAAGACCGCACCGCAUUCCCCUCAAAACUCACCCCAAGUUCCAGUCCUCAGCCGGGCCGCAAGGACCAGGAUCCACGGCGCUCGGACCCCAGUGCAGGACCUCUUCCCGGCAGCUGGUCCUAUAACCAGCAUGAGCAGACCAGGAAGGACCAGCUCACGGUGUCUGGAGGCAACAAGGUUACCGUGGUGAUGAGUAAAAGCUCAGAGCGACUGUCGCCGAUGAUCCGAGAAAACAGAUCCAAGUUCAAGAAGUCCCAAAGCAUCGACGAGAUCGACAUCGGCUCCUACAAGGUCUACAGUAUCCCCGUGGACAGCUACAGCGCCUCCAUCGAGCAGCAGAGCAGUCUGGACCGGCCCGAGCUGCCCGCUCUGGAGCAGGGCAGUAUGUCCCGCUCUCAGUCUGCCCCAAUGUUGGACGACGAGCUGCUGUUCCCACAGAACCACAACCCCCCGGGACAGAAGCCCGCGGUACCACACAAGAGCUACCACUUUGACCACAACUACAACCCCCAGGUGACCAUUGACCGCCGCGUGCCCCCGCCCUUCCCCAACACUCCGGACUACAACCACUCGUCCAAGGCCCUGGAGUACCUGAACCAGCCGGCCAAGACUCUGGGCAAAGAGCUGGUGAGCCCGCGGUACCGGGACUACCCCCCCAUAGAGAUGUUCUCCUUCGCCCAGCCCCCACAGGCCCCGGAUGGCCCACAGACGCAGCAGCCCCUCCCCUCGCAGAGGUCCAGGCCGGGUUUCCUCCGCCGGGCAGACUCCCUGGUGAGCUCCACCGAACUGGCCCUGUUCCGGAGAGUCCAGGAGGCCCAGCAGGAGGCGCUGCAGGAGCAGUACAGACAACAGCUGUCCAAGCGCCUGUCCCCCACUGGUCUGCGUCAGCUUGUGAUGGAGCCCCCGCUUUACGGCCGUGCGCUCGCCUACUCCACGCUCAUGGACCAGUCGCUCGCCAACAUGGCCGAUUCCCAGACGCAGAUGCUGCACAACAAGCGCAACGGUCGCUAUGACGACGACUACGGCGGGUUCCAGGAGCAGAAGAAGCCCAUGAUCGGGUACCCCACCAAGAGCCUGACGCAGCGCAGGCCUCUUUCGGCACGCAGCUACAGCACCGAGACGUACGGCGCGUCGCAGAUGCAAAGUCGGGAUUGGAGUGCUCUAAACGCCGGCUCUAAUGUGAGCGGCUCGUACUCGGCUCAGGUGAUGCAGGCCGAGAAAAGUAUCCGGCCCGUCUCUGCCCGUCCCACCAUGGCCGCGCUCCUGGAGAAGAUGCCCCCGGACUACACUCUGGCCACGUGCCCCGAGAAGCCCAACGCCGAGGAGAGCGGGGCCAAGGUCCGGCCCGCGGUCCCACAGAAGCCCGAGGACUUCCC